AUGGCAGCACCGCAUCAACAAGAAGUAAAUGAUACCGAGAUCUUUAUCCACAUCCAUCCGCCUGCAACUCUCGUCACAAUCGAGCUGAUCCUUGGCAUAUUCGGCAUCGUAGGCAACGGCCUCGUCUGUCUGACCGUGAUUAGAGCACGCUCCAUGCACAACCUAACCAACUACCUGAUUCUCAACUUGGCAGUGGCUGAUAUCUGCGUCUGCCUGUGUCUGGUCGUGUUCUCUGAGAAGCUCUUUCUGGCCUUCUCUCCUCAGGGCCAGGUUGCUGGAAGCAUCUACUGCAUCCUCUGCGCUGAUAAGAAUGCCACGUGGUUCUUCACCUACUCGGCCGUUCUCGCUCUGACUCUGGUUACACUCGAGCGGUACGUUGCCAUAGUCUACCCUUUCCAGUACCCUCGCUUCUUCUCCGGGGUGAAAGCAGCAUGCUACGCCAUUAUCUGCUGGGUAAUUGCCUUCUUGAUCGAGCUCCCGUACCUGUUUGUGCCCAGGUACAGUUUAGACGACAAGGCAUGCUACUACGUCCAUCUCGAACCGGUUAUCAAGGGUGUCACAGCGUUCAACACAGCCGUGAUAACCUUCAUUGCACCACUUGCAUGCAUGGUGUUCUCCUAUUGGCGAAUCAUCAGCUGUUUGAGGAUGAGGGCACGAGAUCUGAUUAAAGAAGGCACUCAGUCCCCGGCUUAUGAGCUUCUAGUCGCCUCCAAGAAGGUCGUCAAGACGCUCUUGGUGGUAACGGUGAUCUUCGUCAUCACUUGGGUACCGAUCCAGACUUGCUGCUCAGUGCUAAGUGUUUUUCCUGCAUUGGGAAGUGAGUUUUGGUUCCUUCGGCUCUACAGCGACCUCCGAACCGUCGGUUACAUCAACUCAGUCUUAAACGUCAUCGUUUAUUCUAUCAAGUACAAGCAGUUCCGCAAAGCUUUCAAGUCCAUUUUUUUCCCUGCAUCUUGGAACCGAGUGAACCCUGUAAAUGGUGAGAUAUACGACACCAGUAAGGGGUAUACCAAUAACACACAUGUAUCAUAA